AUGGUCAAGGCCUUCCUAGUUUCGAAACGCGAUAAAAGGGGCUUCUUUCAAUCAAUACUCCUAGAACAGGCUACUAUUUGGGGUUACUGCUAUAAAAGAGAGGAAGCCAACGUCCAACAAGGCUUUGAAUGUAGGGUGUCAAGCGAAGGGGAUUUGCUAGUGAAGACGACUACGAGACUCUUUGCUUGCCGCGACCCAAACCAGACGAAGGAUAAAGUUCGAUUCGCCGUUGGAAUUCUCAAACGAGCCGAGCUUACAACAUGCUGCAAACACGUUGACUGGAUAGACACAUACCCCUUCAUAUUCGACUACGAUGGACUCCUUGCCGAUCAGAGCAAACUUCACGCAUACCGCGCUUCGAAAGGGUACGGAUACGAUCCGGCGAAGAAAAUUCGCGACAUUUGGAACCCAGCCGUCAAGCCGCGAUAUGGACCCAAAAACCACAUAUCGAUCACGCACUGCGAGUCUUGUUAUACGAAUUACGAGUACGAAUGGAAGGACACCGAGGACGGAAGUCGCAUCGUUUUUCUCAUCUCGUACAAAAAUCUAGGCAAGGGCAUGGAUACGAAUGAUCCCAAGUGGUCAUCGCAUUUCCACGACCAUGUCCCUGAUGCAAAAGCCGAGCCUCGCAACUCCCACUACGACGGGUUCACUCGGUGGCCUAACUAUCAUUGGCAGGAGAAUGCUGAUGAGGCACCGUGGGACCCAGAUUAUUAG